AUGAUAAGCACGACAAGCUCGGCCAAGCGACGGUCCGCCUUCAUAAUACGUACGCUUACAGUUGCCCUAUUUGCAAAUACCGUCCUCGCCCUCCAACCCGCCACCAGACUCCCAACAAACGCAACGUCAUGUUUCCAGUCACAAGACUGUAUGUACAUGAAUUCGACCGAGUAUUACCGGUGCACGUGCGGUUAUUAUGGCGACCAAUUCCUCAAAGGCUUUGCCGAGUGCCUCGGCGCAACAGAUCAAGUCGAUUUGCCACUUGCUUACCAGUACUUGUCAGAUACGUGCGACGAAUUUAAAGUACCCGUCAAGAUUAGUCGAGAUAGUUUCUUCGAAGCCGCAGGUGCCGCGGAUCCGGACGCUGACGGCAAGCCGGGAGGCAUUUCGACGGGUGCCAAAAUUGGCAUCGCCAUAGGCGCAACAGUCGCAGCCGCCAUGGCCCUUGGCAGCCUGAUUCUUUUCUUCUACCGUCACAAGGCAAGACGAGAAAUGAAAAAGUCCAUCGAGCCCAAGGACUGGAGAUAUGAGGAAAUCUCCCCCUUGGCCACAGCCCUGCGGCGUACAUUGCCGAUGCCGGCCGAGCCAUCAUUGCCUCCGCGGUCGAUGCUGCCUCGACCUUUGCCAGCGGAACUUGCAGCGUCGGUUCCUCCGCCGCCCGAAUACACUCCAAGUCCGGUCAGUAGUAUCGAUACUCUACAGAUGCCGUCCCGGAUAGCCUUGCCGCAAACGCGCCUGGCUUGGACGUAUAUGGAAUCUGCCAUAGGACCCCAAACUGCCAUAGGACCCCAAACGAUGCCCAGCUAUACGCCGCCGUUGGGCGAGAAAGCGACAUUGCGAGGCACCCGGAAUGGAUAUCGGUCGUACGAACUGGAAGAUACCAGCAUUACGACGCCCGAGCCGGCGAUGCAAAGUAGUGAGAGGAUAGCGGAAGUGGCAAAUUUUAUUUAG